AUAACAGAAUUAACAAAGGAAUAUUUUGUUCGUUAUAUUUUUUCCCCCUUCUGAUUGGUGCCUCAACUUUUUCCUUACUUCCAUUUUUCUUCUCCUACCUCACUUCUUCUGCAAGCUAAUUACUAAAGUUCCACGUAUUUGACAUGUUCUAACAAAAAGAAGAAGAUUUUGAGUAGAAUAUAUUGAGAUUCUUUUCCAUUUUUUCCGAAUCAAGAAACAAAGAACCUAAUAACAUGGAGAAAAUUGGAGCGUACACUUGUAAUUAUUCUUUGAUAAUUGUAUUUCUUAUUUACAUAUUGAGCUGUAGAGUUUCUGAGGGUUCGAGUAUUGGAGUGAAUUGGGGUACAAUGGCAAAACAUCAGUUGCCACCAGAAAGUGUAGUACAGAUGAUGAAAGAUAAUGGGUUCGGCAAGGUUAAGCUGUUCGAGGCAGAUGAUAAGAUUCUGCAAGCAUUGGCUGGAACUGAUAUAGAAGUUAUGAUUGCAAUACCCAAUUACAUGUUGGAGCAGAUGAGCCAGGACCCGGACGCUGCCGCUUCUUGGGUCGAGGCCAAUCUCACUGCCUAUUCAGACUCUGGAGGAGUCAAUAUCAGGUAUGUAGCUGUGGGUAAUGAGCCUUUUCUCACUACCUAUAAUGGCUCCUACUUACACACCACACUACCAGCUCUUAAAAAUAUGCAGGAAGCCAUUAACCAUGCGGGGCUUGGUUCACAAGUGAAAGCAACAGUCCCCUUUAAUGCUGAUGUUUACAACUCUCCAGACUCAAAUCAAGUUCCCUCUGCUGGUGACUUCAGACCUGAAAUACGCGAUCUCACAAUUGAAAUAGUCCAAUAUCUAUAUUCAAAUGAUGCGCCCUUUGUUGUUAACAUCUAUCCUUUCUUAAGUCUCUAUGGGAACGUUUACUUUCCUUUAGACUAUGCCUUUUUUGAUGGAUCAAACAAACCAAUUAGAGAUGGUGAUUUGGUUUACACCAAUGUAUUUGAUGCAAAUUUUGACACCCUUGUUUCGUCUUUAUCAAAGGCGGGGUACCCUGAUAUGAAGAUCACAAUUGGAGAAGUAGGCUGGCCAACUGAUGGUGAUAAGCAUGCCAGUAUCCAAUACGCAAAGAGAUUUAAUCAAGGAAUGAUUCAGCAUGCUUUAAGUGGAAAAGGAACCCCUGCUAGGAAAGGUAAAAUCGAUGUUUACUUGUUUAGCCUCAUUGAUGAGGAUGCCAAAAGCAUUGCUCCUGGUAGUUUUGAGAGGCAUUGGGGGAUUUUCGAAUUUGAUGGGAAGCCAAAAUACGAAUUGGAUUUGUCGGGUUUGCAAGAAAAUAAGGGCCUAGUUGCAGUAGAUGGUGUAAGAUAUAUGCACAAAAGAUGGUGUGUUUUGAACCCACUUGUCAAGGAAUUGGAAGACUUGGCAAGAAAUAUUGAUUAUGCUUGUAGCUUAUCAGAUUGCACUGCUCUGGGCUAUGGUUCUUCCUGUAAUAAUCUGAGUGUCCAAGGGAAUGCUUCCUACGCUUUUAACAUGUAUUAUCAAUUUAACAACCAAAAUGAUUGGGACUGCGAUUUCUCAGGCUUGGCUAUGAUCACAGACGAGGAUCCUUCAGACGACAAGUGUAGGUUUCCUGUGAUGAUUGCUUACGGUCAUUCAUUAGUGCGGCAGCAUAUGAAACUAGUAAACAUUUUACUCGCCAUUCUUGAGGGAUGCAUAGUAUUUUUGCUUCUAGUCUCUUAGUAUGGUGGAUAUCAAGGCUGUGGAUAUUAAUUUUUGUUUUGUGCAGAUUAAAAGUGUACUUGAUUCUGGAGUUCCAUUUUAAGUGAUUUCUUGCUCUCUUUUUG